UCCGCUUCUAGCGCGGACAUAAUACGGCCAUUCAUUUGCCGCCUCUUCGAGAGACCCAGAGCAAGCGAGGGCAGAGGGGAACGUACGUUCCCUUAUUCCACCCGUUUGGUGAUAGGCCGGCGGCUCUCCACGAGGUUCCCUUCCAUGGAACCUUCUCUCCACCUCUCCGAGACGCUGAGGCGGUCGGCGACCAUGGCGCUCCCUUCAUAUUUUCUCCUCUCCUCCGCCCGCGCCGCCCGCUUCCCCCAUCUCUCCGAACACCUUCUUCCCCCGAAAUCCCUUCUCCUCGACUGCUCUCCCCUCAUUAGGCUCCGCCGUAGCGGCCGCCCCGGCCGGAGGAACAAUGGCUUCGGCCUGCGAUCCCGAAGGGAGAGGGAUUCUAUGGUUUUGGAGAGCGGAAGGCAUGGGUUGUCUGGGGUGUUUUGUCUUCCUGGGGGCAGCGAGGCGGAGAGGGAUCCGUGUAGCGAGAGCGAGGGAGAAGAGGAGCAAGUUGGAGUGGAAGACGAGGAGGAGAUGAUGGCUUCCAUUACGCCCGAGAGGUGGGAUGUAUUGGGCCUUGGGCAGGCCAUGGUGGAUUUUUCUGGCGUGGUUGAUGAUGAGUUCCUAAAGAGAUUGGGGAUAGAAAAGGGCACGAGGAAAGUUGUUAAUCAUGAGGAGAGGGGUAGCGUGUUGCGUGCUAUGGAUGGUUGCUGCUAUAAGGCUGCUGCUGGAGGUUCUCUCUCGAAUACAUUGGUGGCUUUGGCGAGACUUGGUAGAUGGUCUGUUAGUGGUCCUGUCUUAAACGUUGCUAUGGCCGGCAGUGUGGGCAGUGAUCCACUCGGUGGUUUUUAUAGAGCAAAAUUGCAUAGGGCAAACGUCAAUUUUCUCUCUAAACCUGUCGAGGAUGGAACGACUGGAACGGUGAUUGUUCUCACUACUCCAGAUGCCCAGCGCACUAUGCUUGCAUAUCAGGGCACUUCAUCAACUGUGGACUAUGAUCCAUACUUAGCUAGCGUAAUCUCAAAGACGAAUGUACUUGUUAUAGAAGGUUAUUUGUUUGAACUACCUCAUACAAUUGAAACUAUCCUGAAAGCCUGCGAGGAUGCUCGCAGAAAUGGUGUGCUUAUUGCUGUUACUGCAUCUGAUGUAUCAUGCAUCGAGAGAUGUUAUGAUGAUUUCUGGGAAGUUAUAGGAAACUUUGCAGACGUUGUGUUUGCCAACAGCAAUGAAGCGAGAGCCUUCUGUGACUUAUCCUCGAAGGAUAGCCCCAUGUCCGCUGCUAGGUACUUGAGCCAUUUUGUACCUCUUGUCUCUGUUACAGAUGGUCCACGAGGUUCUUAUAUAGGCAUAAAAGGUGAAGCAAUAUAUAUACCUCCAUCUUCAUGCAUUCCUGUGGACACAUGUGGGGCUGGUGAUGCAUAUGCUUCAGGUAUCUUAUAUGGUAUUCUUAGAGGGGCAUCAGACUUAAAAGGCAUGGGUAUGCUGGCAUCUCAGGUGGCAGCUGUUGUGGUUGCACAGCAGGGUACUCGCCUUCGGGUUCAAGAUGCCUGCAGACUAACAGAGUCGUUUGCCUUCCAUCUUGAGAGCUCAAAGGUUUGCUCAGAUGUGGGAUCAGAUCAUAUUUCCAGCUUUUGAACAAAUUUCAUUCUAGGUCCAGUCAUAUAACUACAAUUGACUGAAAUUUCUAGCCAUUUGAUUCUGAUGUUUAUACGUGAAGUAAAUAUAAAUAUGUACGCAUCAUGAUUUUUAACUCUAUAUCUUGUUCUUUACCCCAAAAAAAAAAGAAAAAAAAGAAAGAAGAAGAAACCU